AGCUUUGGCUCAAGGGGAGCGAGCGAGCUGGGGCAAUGGGGCAAUGGGCUUUAGAUUAGUUGUUUGAGCGUGCUGAGUGCGGCACGGUCUCAUGGUGUGCGGAGGUCUGCUUACACACACCAGUGUUGUGCUCGUUUGCCCGCAUGGGGGAAGACAGCUGCGUCGGGCAGACUCUGCGGCGUUGGCGGCCGAAGGUGUUAUUUUGGCUUGUGAUGUAUUUGGGCCAGCAGCGUCCGUUCUAUGCUGCCUCCGGCUACACAUACACCACAAAGCACUUGGACCGGCCUGCCAUUGCCAAGGCGCUCAUAGACGAGCUCUUCCUGGGCAUCGACCCGCUGCUCGCGGAGGCUUCGCCGAACUCCGUGGAGAGCGCGAUGCCGCCGGACAAGGGCAUGACGCACGUGUCAGCAAAUGAUAUCGACAUGGUGCUCGAGAUGGCAGCACAGCCAGUGCUGCUGUGGCUCGAGCUCGGCGCCUUCGAGGGCGGGUCCGCAAUACUGACAGCCCGCCGCGCCGAGGCCAGGGCCGCGGCGUCCGAGGCGCUCGACGCCAGGACAACCGUCGUUGCUGUCGACACCUUCCUCGGCGACAGGAAGGUGAUCUGGGAGAGGCCUCCAGAGGAACGGCGACAGCUCCUACGCCCUGAUGGCACCAUCGCGUUGUACGACCGUUUCCGCACGAAUGUAUUGAGAGCUGGGUCCGCGGCCGCCCUGGUGCUGCCGUUGCCCGCCACCUCCGUGACCGCGCUGCGGCUGAUGCCUGGCCUGGCCGACCGGGGCCUGCUGCCGAGGCCACAAGUGAUCUACCUCGAUUCAGCGCACGAGGCGGGGGAGGUGUUCCUCGAGUUGCAGCUGGCUUGGGAGGCCGUUGCCCCCGGCGGGGUGAUCUUCGGCGACGACUGGAGCAUCGAGGCGGUGCGGCGCGACGUGUUGUCUUUUGCGGCGGCGCGGGGGGCGGGCGCGGACGACUCGCUGGGGCGGCAGGCGGCCUCCGCCCGCAGCCCGCGCACGCUGGGCAGGGUGCGGCGGGGCCUCUUCGUGUCGUACCUCAGCUUCCAGUGGUUCAUGCGGAAGUCGCCAGAACUGGCUGGUGCCAGCGGAGGAAGCAUCUCUUUGACCGAGAGCAUCGCUACUCUUGGAAGUCAAGGAGACGUUGGCGAGGACUGCUGGAGCGGUGGCUUUGGCGCAGCAGAUUGUUGCGAUGAGGACCGGUAUGGCCGAGGGGGCAAUCCAAAAUGUUGGGACCUCAUCUUCACUUUCGACAGCUGCUGCCAGGAAGCAGCGGCGACUUGGUGAGCCAGGGGCAUGCGGGUGCUGAGUCGACUGGCCAGGCUGGUCCAUUCGUCUUUUUUCUGUUCAGUCUAGUCCUCGUCGAUGGCUUCCGCAUUCGCAUCCAGGUCCUCCUUCUUCGCCUCCUCCUCCCCGCCAUCCUUGUCCUCAUCCUUUUCAAGCGUUGCUCACGCACGAAAUAUUGCAGUCUCCGCAUUGCCGCCGCUAUUGCCAUAUGCGGACCAGGCCACGAUGGUGCCCUCGCUUACAGCUUCUCACACGAGCAGCAAAGAAGUGUUGUUCAAGUUCGACCUUCCCCCCUCCCCGAAUGUGUUUACGCCUCUCCCAUCCCUGGCUGU